CUCACAUGAACUGCUGGUGAAGGAAAACAGUCAGCAAGCACGAUGGUAGAGUUGUUCGAAGCUGGUCAGUAACACCACGUGUAUUUCAAGUCUCACGCCUUUGCCUGAGGUUUAGAAAAGGUUCUUCUGCCUCACUGUAGUGCUGGCAAAGACUGGCGAGUUAAACUCCCGCUGCAUCUUUUGGAGGUUAUGUGGAGAUUGACUGCAGAAGGUCAGGAGACAAGCUUUGUUCAAAAAAGGCACAGUUGAGAGGCGUCCUUAAAGGGGGACGGUUCUCGGUGAUGGGAACCUCUCCUUGUAUCACCCCAAAGUACAUUGUCCUGUGAAAGAGUAUAACUGGUGUAAAGAGGCAGGAUUUGGAGUAAUUUGGUUUAUUGUUCACUGUGUUUUCUAGUUUUGUUUUUAAUACCAUUUACCAUGUUGCACACAUAUGUAGCAGAGAAAUUGGGGAGGAGUACUGGAAGUGUAUUAAAGGUCUUAUUUGACAUCUAUUUGAGUUAGUUAGAAAAUCUAGACGGGGAUAAAUGGUUAAGAUAUAUUCCUAGCAAAAAUAAUUGCGCAUUGAAGAGUACAUUUGAUUUUUAUUGCCACCACUUUAGUAAGGGGACCAGCCAGAUCAAGGAAUAUUGUUCCAGUGUAUGCAUUUACAUGGGAAGAGAGACUAGCUCUUGUUAAUAACAGCGCCAUUUUAAUCAGUUAAGAGUGACUGCAGAGCUAGGUUAAACAGCUUCUCAGAUUGGGGUAUUAAAAACGCUCUGUGUAUAACCACUUACUGCUUGGUGAAGGGGGAAGAGUAGGGGGCACCAAAAGUCAGUUGGGUUUAAAGAGAUGCUACUGUGUCUUACCUCCAGUUGAAAGGAACAAGGAGUUAAACUGAGCUUGAGGGAUUCUCCUGAGAAGACAUCUGAGCUCAUAAACUCUUCAGAAACCUUUCUUCACUUGAGGAGAAAUGGAGGAGUGUCCAGUUUCUCCUUUACAAUGUAUACUUCUAGAGAAGUUAUGUGUCUGUGAUGUAUGAGGGUACGUUAUAUGCACAACACUGGUGUAUGUCUGUAUUCCUCUGACCACUCUCGGUUCAGAUUAUGUAGUGUGUAACUCUCAGAGAAAAGCCUCUGCUGAUUUACCUUGAGUUGAUUUAUUAGAACUUUUAGAGAUGGCAGUUAAUGAUGGGUUCCCUGGGGAUACAAGGGACCAGCAAAGUGCGUGUAGGCAGCAGCAGCAGCCUUGGAUUCUCCAUGGAGGCAGGGAAAGGGGAUACACACAAUGAAGACUUGAAGGGAAAAAGUAGUCAGAAAAGCAGCAUGCUGACAGUGGGGUCUCACAGGAGUAACAGCAAGAGGUUACCAGGUGCCAGCCUGUGAGGAGGAACCGUAAGACCACAGGAGAGGAAUGGUUAUGAGUCACAGUGUGUGGAGACAUCGCAUGGAUAUGUCGUUAUCCCAUGCAGGAUUGCUCCAGGCACAAAGCUGGGAAUGGUAGCCUGACAUAAGCCCUUCUUCUGGCCUUACUGCGCACCUGGGUUAUGCUGGCUGACCUGGAAUUCAUGGAUAUUUAUGCCAACCAGAAAGGGCUGGUGCCAAGUGCCUGUUUACAUCAAACAUCUGGAGCUUUCACUUACAACCUUGCAGUAGAUUCCUAGAUGGCUAAUGAAUCGAGGUCCUGCCCAUGUGAUAUUGGAGACAGGCUGGACUAUGGAGGCCGUGGGCAGGAAGUACAAGUUGAGCACAUCAAGGCAUAUGUGUGCAAACCACCUGCCAGCACAGACAAGGCUGUGAUUGUGAUUCAUGAUAUAUUUGGAUGGGAGCUCCCGAACACCAGAUACAUAGCUGAUAUGCUAGCAACUAAUGGAUACAUAACCAUCUGCCCAGACUUUUUUGCAGGAAGAGAAGCUUGGAAGCCUUCUGAUGACUGGUCCAAGUUUGAUGAUUGGCUGAAAACUCGAGAUGCCAGGAAAAUAAACAAAGAAGCUGAUGCAGUUCUGAAAUAUCUAAAGGAACAGUGUGGUGCUAAGAAAUUAGGGGUCGUUGGUUUUUGCUGGGGUGGUAUUGCUGUACAUCACCUGAUGAUGACGGACGCAGAAUUAAAGGCUGGUGUAGCUCUCUACGGACUAAUCAAGGAUUCUGAUGAUACAUCCAACCUCCUGAACCCUACGUUUUUCAUUUUUGGUGAAAAAGACAACAUAAUUCCCCUUCAUCAAGUCACCCUGCUGGAGCAAAAGCUGAAGAAAAAUUGCAAAGUUGAUUAUGAAAUUAAAAUUUAUCCUGGACAAACUCAUGGGUUUGUACAUCGCAGAAGAGAAGAUAUCAAUCCUCAAGAUAAGCCUUAUAUUGAGGAAGGAAGAAAGGAUAUGAUCAACUGGCUGAAUAAAUACAUUUAAUAGAAGAGCCAGCAACUGGAUUUGUAAUGCAAUUAUGUAACACACUGUGGAGGUUUUCGAUAACACAUUUUAUAAAACUGGGGGAAGAGUUUGUUGAAACAGAAAUUAAAGAAAUGAGCAAACAGAA